AUGGCUACGGCUACAUCCGGGCAAAGCCUAGACUACCCGACAAUCGUUCGAAAAUUUAUGGAUCCCAGCUUUUUGGAUAACAUCAUUAAGAAUGUGAGCGAAAUGUUCGAUAAAAUGAAUGUUAUGGACAGAUUUUUAUUCAGCGAAUACACUGACUUCAUAAGAAAUGUGAAGGAAUUCAAGGAAUCGUUAUUGGAAUUUAUUCUUGAAUCAAAAAUUCAGUUGUCUGUCCUAAAAGAUAAUUUCCAAAAGCCAAAGUACAAACAAGCUGAUGAACACCGGAAGGUAGAAUUUAUCAAACAGCGAUUGGACAAAAAAAAAGAGACCUUAUUGGACUACUUGCACGCAUGUGAUCGAUUAAUCCAAACAUCGAUUCAACUGCAUCAGAAGUAUGGCACAUGGAUAUUUAAAGCGAAAUAUGUUGCUUUACACUUACUCGGCUUCACAAUCGGUGGAGCUAUAGCCGGGUUCACUAUUGGCUUAGUUUUGCCGUUUCUGGAGCCAAUUGAAAUGUGCGCCGGCGCUUUGGUUGGUGGAUUGAUCGGCUUAGGCUAUGUUGCCUAUGAACUUAUUUUCAACUGGGAACAUCAUAUGAACAAGAUCGAAGUAAUACGAGAUAACUUGAAAGAAGUACAACGUGCAUUGCAACAUGUCUUGCAACAAAUGCAAUCAAGCUAUGAAAAAUUCGGCAUGACGAAAGAUGAAAUACGGAACCAAUCGGAGAACAACUCAUUCCAAGAUAUCCAUGAUUUAGAGCAGUAUGUGUUGAGAACGCUCGAUGGAUUCAUUGUGCUACAAGGCGCUUUAUCAAAAGUAAAUACCGAUAUGUAA